AUGCUAGCAAUUUUUUGGGUGUUAAUUUUCAUUACCAGUGUCUUUGCUGAUGUCGAAAUAACUUCGCCUGCAGGGGGUGAAACGUACACUGUGGACGGUAAUACGGUGUCGUUAACACUGAAGUGGAAGGACGAUGGAGACGAUCCAUCGAUUAAAACCGUCACCUCCUACACCUUCAAGCUGUGUACGGGUCCAAAUACUGAUAUGGAUUGUACAGAACUGCAAGUUGAUUCCACCAAAGAGACGUCUUUCUCGGUUGAUGUUGAUGCUGAUACAGGAAAGAGUGGUAACUACUUCUUCCAGCUCACGGCUGUUUACACUGACAACGGUUACACUAUUCAUUACUCUCCUAGAUUCAAGCUUGCAGGGAUGACAGGUAGUUCGAAGGCGUCGGGGUCCGGUACUGAGCCAGACCCUCAAAUCUCUGUCUCGGUCGAUAACACCGUGGCUUCUGCCUCGUUUUCCGUCACAUAUACCAAACAGACAGGAAAAACUCGGUACGCCCCAAUGCAGAUGCAGCCCGGCUCAAAAGUGACAGCAAAGACCUGGUCGAGGAGACACGCGACUUCGUCUGUUUCGUACUACAAAACCAACACCCAGAAGACUCUGGUUGGGUCUACCAUAACACCUGGAUGGUCAUACACGAUGUCGUCGUUAGUUAAUUAUGCUACGCCGGCCCCAUUCCCUUCGGAGGUGGGAUGGUAUGCUGCCAGUGAGAGGUUGAAGAGUGCCACGGUGAGUGAUUCCGCAGAGAAGAGACGGAUCAAAAGACGGUGGGACGAUUAA